AUGCGCGGGAAUGGCUCGAGGUGCCGCGAGAGCGCGGGUGCAGCUGGGUCGACGGGUGAAAUGCGCGGGAAUGAUGCGAGACGCUGUGGAAGCGCGGAUGCUGACGGUUCGACGGGCGAAAUGCCUGAGAAUGACGCGAGGCGCCGCGGAAGCGCGGUUGCAGCAGGUUCGACGGGCGAAAUGCGCGGGAAUGGUGCGAGGCGCCAUGGGAGCGCGGAUGCGGGCGGUUCGGCGGGCGAAUUGCCUGAGAAUGAUGCGAGGCGCCGCGGGGGCACAGAUGCAGAUCGCUCGCCAGGCAGGCUGCGCAGAAGUAAUGCAAGGCACGGUGAAGGCAAGGAGGCUAAGCGCGCGCCAGAAGCCAGCCGUGAGGAAGAGAGGAGGCGAGACGUGCAAGCGGGAGUGUAUGGCUCGCCUGAGCCGAGACGCGGACAUGAGUGUAGGAGGCGCAUGGCGUUGGGCGGAUGGCGAUCACCAGAGCAGGGGGGAGAGGAAAGUGAGGACGACCGCGAUAGGAGGCGCGCGCAGCGCUCGCCUGCACGGCAGCGGACGGAGGAGUGGGAAGCGCGUGUUAAGGGCAGUGAGUGUUCGUCGCAGUACUCCACGGGUGCGGAUGCGAGAGCGCGCAGAGAAGAAAUAGAAGAGUAUCCGUACGCGGGAGCAGGGUUGGUGCAGGAACCUGUCGGAGAGGCAAGGGGGAGGCAUGAGAGAGAGAUAAACAGGAGAAGGGGUGAGGAAGAGCGCUGCCGGCGAGAGGUGUCCCCAGGGGAGGAUCCGGGAAGUGACAAAGCAAGAGGAAGAGAGGAUCAUGGGCGUCGAGGAGCAGGCGGACGAGGGAGACGCUGGGAAGGAGAGUCCCUUGAGAGGAAGGAAGGGAGGGAGAAGACGAGAGGGAGUAAUGAGGAGCUGCGUGAAGAGAAGGAACAUGAGUAUAGUGAAGAAGAGGACUAUGGGUAUAAUCUGGAGCGGCGCCGACGCGGGAAGCCGGAUCGGCGGGAGAAGAAGUCAUGCCCUGAAGAAAGAGAGGGGUGCAGGGGAAGGCGAGGAGGGCGAAGGAAACCUGGAGCGGGGAUGAGGGAGAAGCAGGACCUGAGCGGACAGGGGAAAAGAGGUGACAAGCAGCACAUGCGACAGGAGGGGAUGCACGAGUAUGAAACAGAGAGCGGAGAAGAGGAAGAGAGCGACAGGCGGGCACGCCAUGGAUCAGGCCAAAGGGAGGAAAGCUGGGAAGGAUAUGUCCCUGGAAGGAGAGAAGGGCUGAGGAGCAGGCAGGAAGAACGGAGAGAGUUUCGUGAGAGAGAGGACCGGCAGCAGCGGGAAAGGAGGAAGCAAGAAGGGCGAUGCCAGGAAUAUUCGCCUGAGAAGAGGGAAAGGCGUUGGGGGGAAGCAGGCGGGCAAAGGGAGGCUUACGAGGAGGAGCGGAGAAGGAGUCCGAGUCCGAAACCGCAAGAGGAGGACGAGAAGGUGGGGGCAGGGGCGGAUGAACCAGUAGCGGCAGGCGCGGAAGGGAAGGACGAGAAGGUGGGGGCAUGGGCAGCAGCAGAAGGGGAAGAGAAGGACGAGAAGAAGGGGGUGGGAGCGUGUGUAACAGCAGCAGCGAAGGCAGAGGAAAAGGAAGAGCAGGUGGGGGCGGGAGCGUGUGUAACAGCAGCAGCAAAGGCAGAGGAAAAGGAAGAGCAGGUGGGGGCAGGAGCGUGUGUAACAGCAGCAGCGAAGGCAGAGGAAAAGGAAGAGCAGGUGGGGGCGGGAGUGUGUGUGACAGCAGCAGCGAAGGCAGAGGAAAAGGAAGAGCAGGUGGGGGCGGGAGCGUGUGUAACAGCAGCAGCGAAGGCAGAGGAAAAGGAAGAGCAGGUGGGGGCGGGAGUGUGUGUGACAGCAGCAGCGAAGGCAGAGGAAAAGGAAGAGCAGGUGGGGGCGGGAGCGUGUGUAACAGCAGCAGCGAAGGCAGAGGAAAAGGAAGAGCAGGUGGGGGCGGGAGCGUGUGUAACAGCAGCAGCGAAGGCAGAGGAAAAGGAAGAGCAGGUGGGGGCGGGAGCGUGUGUAACAGCAGCAGCGAAGGCAGAAUGGAAGGACGAGAAGGUGGGGGCACGGUCGUGUGAACUAAAGGCAGAGAAGCAAGUGCAGGGAAGUAUGAUGACGAACCGGCAUGUGAGGAAGCUGAGGGAAGAACAUUCACAGCUGCUGGGGGAGAAAAUGGUGAAAGAAGCCGCGAGAAGAACGAAGACAGGUGUGAGGAGCAUGAAGGUAGAGAUGGCGUGCGACUGGGGGCAAGGAGACCUACGGGUAGGAGGAUGGGAAGGUUCAGUGUGGGAUAAAGCCCAGGAGCAGGAGGAAGCAGAGAGUGAGAGCAAGGAAAUGGGGGCAUGGGAGUGUCCGCCUGCAGGGGAAGAAGUAGGGCAUACAAUGGGAGUGGCCGCUCUUAAGACCUUCGCGGCUCUAGGCAACCCCAGCAGCCCCCCGUUCAACGCGUGGACGGGGGAUGAUCCGUGUGGGGGAGAGGCGGGGAGCGCGUGGGCUGGCAUCAAGUGCGACACUGGCAGCCCGUAUAAUUCCGUGACUGAGAUUGACAUUCAAGAUGCCAAUCUAUCAGGAGACUUGCCGCCUUCCAUUUUCGACCUCACAUCGCUGCGCUUGCUCAAUCUGGCGCUCAACCCAAAUCUGACGGGCAGCUUUCCAGAUGCACUCGGGAACCUCCUCCAGCUCACCACGCUGGACAUGCACGGGUGCCGCCUAUCCGGCUCCAUCCCAUCCACCAUCGGUCGCCUCACCAGCCUGAGCUACUUCCUGGUCAACCAGAACCGCCUCUCGGGCUCCCUGCCUGCACAGAUAGGCACCCUCCCCCAGCUCUACAUGCUUGACGUCAUGGAGAACCAGCUGGAAGGGCCCCUGCCGACAUUCGAGGGUGCGAACGAGCUCGGGCACCUCGACCUGAGCAGCAACAGCUUCACAGGCGCCAUUCCUGGCACUCUGUUUGAGCAGCACCCCAACCUCGUCAACCUCAAUCUGGCCAACAACGCUCUUGACUCGAGUUUACCCCCAGAAAUCACUACUGCUGCCAAGCUGCAAUCCGUCUUCCUAUCAGGCAACCAGCUCAGCGGUCCCCUGCCGGACCUCUCAUCGCUGCCCAGCAUCGUGUCGCUUUCCCUCUUUGACAACUCCCUCUCCUCCCUGCCGCCCGCCCUGCUUAUCGAAACCAACAUCACGCUGCAGCUUUUUAACAACGAUCUGUGCAAGCCAUUCAAGCCAGACUACACGCAAGUCUGCUCCCCUCCGACGCCCCUCACCCAAUACACCGCCCCUGCUUUCUGUGACGGCCUCGCCUGCGAGAACGACCUCUACAGCCCUAGCGCACCGCUCUAUAAUGAGUCGCUCUCCUGCGUGUGCGUGUCCCCGUUAAGAGCCGACCUGGAGCUGUUUAUAUCGGAUUUCGUGGUGUACCAUGAGGCGCUGGUGGCGCAGUUAGAGCAGCGGAUCUUCUCGGAGCUCGCCAGCAAGUCGCAGAUCAACAUCAGCAGGCCACAGCUCCUCAUCUCGGCCAUCAGCAGCCCCGCCUCUCUCUACUCCCUCGCCUCCACCUUCGCCUCGGACCACGCCGAUCACGAGUCAACGCUCAUCAUCACCCUCCUCUUCUUCCCUCCGGGCGGCGACAACAGCUGGUACCCGCGAGACACACCGCAGGCCAUCUGCAACGCGCUCACCUCGAGGGACCUUGCUGUGCGCGUUGCUCUCGGCAACUUUGGGUUGUUUCGAGUUGCGGGCUUCUACGGCCCCGCGCCCUACAACUCCCCAUCACAGCAGCAGCCCUCGUCUGGGCUGAGCACGGGCGCCAUCGUGGCCAUCUCAGUGUGCUGCGCUGCUGUUGCCAUCGCCCUCAUUGUGGCUCUGCUCAUGCGCCCCUGGGAGAAGCGAAGGUGGAACCGUGCGGACUACGAGGCAUUGGAGGGAAUCACCCUGCAGCACGCCCGCCGCUACUCGCUGCGACAGCUGGCGGAGGCGACCAACGGCUUUGAUGACUCGCUUGUGCUGGGCACGGGCGGUUACGGCAAGGUGUACCAUGGCAUUCUCAACGGCGAGUCGGUGGCGAUAAAGAAAGCAACGGAGAAGCAUCGGCAUGCAGGAGUGGAUUUCAAGAACGAGAUCGAGAUGCUGACGGCGGUGUCGCACGGCAACCUGGUGAAGCUCACCGGCUUCUGUGUGGAGAAGGACGAGCAGCUGCUGGUGUUCGAAUUCAUGGAGGGGGGGGCUCUGGACGCCUGGAUCAAAGGUAAGACAGGGCGCGUUCUAUCGUGGAAGGAGAGAAUGCGGAUUGCACUUGAUGCGGCGAGUGCGCUUCACUACUUGCACAAAGAGAUGAGACCCAGCAUCGUCCACCGCGAUAUCAAGCCCGCCAACAUUCUGCUGACAGCAUCUCUGGAAGCCAAGGUGGCGGACUUUGGCAUUUCCAAGUCGCUGCCAGAAAGGGGCGAGCUGGUGCAGGAGGAGAUCAUCGGCAGCAAGGGCUACAUCGACCCACACUUUGCGGUGUCGGAGGUGCUGACGGAGCGCAGUGACGUGUUCAGCUUCGGGGUGGUGCUGCUGCAGCUGGCCACGGGGCAGCCGCCCGUCAUUCAGGGAGUGCCGCUCAGCCAGGUCGUGCUGCACCUCGCCUUCGGCCAAGACGGCCUGCCCGCCGCCAUCGAUCCCAAACUCUCUGACCUUCUCCAGGCUACUGCAGCUGCUACUGCUGCUGCUGCUGCUGCUGCGUCGAACGGUGCUUCUUUUCACAGUGCUUCUGCUGCUGCCGUUGCUGUUGUUUCUUCUGCGGCAGGAGGGGAAGUGAGUGCAGGGGAGAUGGUGGAGGGGUUGGAGGAGACGUUCGGCACGUUCCUGCGGGUGGCGCUGUGGUGCACGGCAGAGCACCCCUCGCUUCGUCCCGACAUGGAGCAGGUCGUAUCUGCGCUGCGCAGCAUCAGGGACCAUCUCCGGGCGCUACCUGGGGGAGGCACUCCUGUGGGCCCCGUAAGGGCAGUCCCAAGUGGCACCAGCGGUUACGGUGCUGCUGACGUGUCGCUUGCCAGUCGUGCCAGCGGUUACGGUUCUGCUGCCCUGUCAUUUGCUAGUCGUACCAGCAGUGCAGUAGCAGGAACAUAUUCCUCUGCCACCCGGUCACCUGAGAGUGGAGUCACAGGAGGGGUUGCCAGCUUGUCAACCCUCUGGAGCCACUUGCCUGUUUCAACUAGUCAACCGGGGUCAAACUGGUCAAACUUUAAGGUGGAGCAGGGAGGGAUGGGUGGGUAUGAUGACACUGGCACGCACCGUCAGACGCUCACAGGCCCCUAUGCCCGGUAG